AUGUCCGAAUCACACCCCUCCGAAACCCCUCCCCAAAACCCCGAAUCCAACCUCACAACCAACGAACCCAGCCUCGAUGAAGAAAACAAGACCCUCCCCAUAAAAACCCACCACUGCCGCUUCUGCAACCACCUUCUCCUCGCAACAACGCGCUCUCUAUCCUCCCUUCCCCGCCGAAAAGAUCCCGCCCGCGACGCUGCUUUAAUCCUUCCUCUUCCUCUUCCUCGCCUGACUGCCAAUGACGACGACGAUGAGUCUACAAAUGCGGAUGCGAAGGGGGUGAAACAUUACUCUAUCCUGCUUAGUACGAGUAUACCAGAUCGCAGGGCGACACUGGUACGGCGCGAAGACGGGUUCGAAAAGAGGUUGUUUCUGCGGUGUGGGCGGUGUCGGGUUGUUGUUGGGUAUUUUUUGGAUGGUGUGCAUUUCCCCGGACAUACGGAGGAUAAUGGGGCAGAUGCAGGCGGGGCGAAGGUGGUGUAUUUACUACCUGGGGGAUUGGUGGAAACCGAUAUCAUGGGCGAUGAAGAGAAAGUGAAGGCUAUGGAUCAGGAAUGGAGUGGGUGGGAAUGA